AGGUGACGGAGCGUUGGCCUCGAAGGUCGACUGAGCGGGUCUGAGCGAGGCUCCCGGAGCGCAGAGCUCGGGCGCCUGGUGGGCGCUGUCAUGGCGGGCGCGCUGAAGAAGACCACUGGCCUCAUGGGGUUGGCCGUGUGCGAGACGCCGCACGAGAGGCUAAGAAUAUUGUACACAAAGAUUCUUGAUGUUCUUGAUCAAAUUCCUAAAAGUGCUGCAUAUAGAAAAUACACAGAACAAAUUACAAAUGAGAGGCUGGCUAUAGUGAAAGCGGAACCAGAUGUUAAAAAAUUAGAAGACCGACUUCAGCUUGGCCAAGUAGAAGAGGUGAUUCUUCAGGUAAAGGAAGAAUUCAACAUUGCAGUGUUUGAUGUCAAAUGUUCAUUUUUCUGUAGAAGCACAAAACUAUUAUUCCAGGAAGAAAUGAAAACUGAACUUACUUUUUGACCAAUCAGAUAUAAG